ACGGUCACUGGAAAAGACGAAAUAUGGCAGUAUAGAGGAUUCAUAGUCGCCAAAGGACCCGAAGAACAGGGCAAGUAUGGUGAAGAAGUUUGUUCCCCGUCAGAGGAAGCAGAAAGCGCUUGCUCGAGAAAGGGCGCAGGAGAACGGGACCCACCCAGACUCGAACGUCGAGGAGAUCAUCCCUCUCGGAAAAUCUGAAUUGGAGGAGAAGAAGUCACAGCUCAAGAAGGAACUGCGCCAAGAUGGUGUAAAAAUCAGCGGCAAGAAAGCCAAGCGGCUUGAGAAAUACAUUGAGAACAAGUUAAAGAAGGACGAAAACCGUGAGCUGCUGGCCAAGUUAGCUGCCAACAAGAUCGACACCAGUCUAUUUGCAAGCAGCCGGUCCCUUGGACAGACCAAGGAGACUAAAAGGGAGGCGUUCAGCCGAGCUCUCAGGGAGCAACAAGCCGGCCUACCCAAUGAUGCCUCAAGAGACGAGGUGCUUUAUGAGAGACGCCGAGACGCGGGAGCUGAGUCCAGCGAGGAUGAUGGCGAGGAAGGCGUACGGCCUGGAAAGAGUCUGGACUCGAGGAACCUACGAAGGACUGAGCCUGAGGCCGCGACGGCUUUGCCAACCACGUCCCAGGCCAUGAACACAACUGGAUCCGGACUCAAACGCCCCCUGGAAAAGGACGACGAAGGGAGGCCUAUCCUAGCAAAAAGGCGGAAGAGAGGCGGAGUCAGGUCGAAAGUCUCUCUCGCCCAGCCCGAGCACGUAGCUCCCGAAGCUCCCGAAUCAGAUGAGUGGAGUGGCCUCAGCAGCGACGAGGAAUCUGAUAUUGGUCUGGACAGCCCCUCAGAGGUGCACUCAGAGGCUCAGAGCUCAGAUGCGUCAGAGGCCGAAGGCGAUAACUCGGACGAAUCCAACGAAGACGAAGAGGGGUCGGAAAUCGACGAGUCUGAGGCCGAUUCUGAGCAAGAUGAUGACUCGACGAGGAGAGAGAGGUCCUCUGCCUUCAAAGCGUGGGCGAAUCAACAGAGAAACGAGGCCUUAGGCUACGACCCUGUUGAAUCGGAGCCAACCAUCCUCGACAUACCGAGACCUGCAAACUUCAAACCCCGUUCUUUAGAACAGGACCCGCUACCUCUUGAGCUGCAGGUCACUACGAACACGAGCCGCAAGGUUUUCAGUGUGACCGUGGCGAGAGAUCCAGAUAUACAGGAAGCUCGACUGAAGCUGCCCGUCGUGGCAGACGAACAAAAAAUCAUGGAGGCCAUUCACAACCACGAUAUUGUCGUCGUCUGCGGUGCUACUGGAUCCGGAAAGACAACACAGGUACCCCAGUUCCUAUUCGAAGCUGGAUAUGGCUCCCCUGAUUCUCCGACCCCUGGGAUGGUUGGUGUUACUCAGCCAAGGCGUGUAGCCGCCGUCAGCAUGGCGAAGAGGGUGGGUCAGGAACUUGGUGAUCACUCCCAUACUGUGGCAUAUCAGAUCCGCUUCGAGGGAACUGUUGAUCCGAAUACCGCGAUCAAGUUUAUGACAGACGGUGUCCUGUUGCGUGAAGUCGCACAGGAUAUUGCGCUUUGGAAAUAUUCGGCCAUCAUCGUCGACGAGGCACACGAGAGAAGCGUCAACACGGACAUCUUGGUCGGCAUGCUGAGCAGAGUCAUUAAACUGAGAGCGGAUCUUGCGAAAGAGGAUCCUACCGUGAAGCCCCUGAAGCUUAUUAUCAUGUCGGCAACCCUCCGGAUCCAGGAUCUCACAAUGAACUCAGUUCUAUUUCCAAAUCCUCCUCCGGUCAUUGAAGUCGAGGGAAGACAAUACCCGGUGACGGUCCACUUCGCUCGCAAAACCAAUCAUGACUACGUUGAAGAAGCAUUUCGGAAGAUCAGCAGGGGUCACAAGAAACUGCCGCCUGGCGGGUUCCUCGUGUUCCUCACUGGGCAGAACGAGAUAACGCAACUGAGCAAGCGCCUGAGAUCUGCUUUCGGUGGCCUCAGCUCAGCAACCAGCGGGGCCAAAGUUCGUAUUUCUGCGAGCGAGGCUCCAAUCGAGGCCGAGGAUAUCGACUUUGGAGAAGUGGAUGACCGAAACGCCAACGACAUGGAUGAUGACAUGCUUGUGGACCAGUACGAGGACGAUGAGGACGAGGAUGAGGAUGCCGACUUCGACAUCGAAGACGAAGAGGCUGGAACUGGUCCAUUAAAGAUGCAGAUUCUCCCCCUUUACUCCCUCCUUCCCACAAAAGACCAGAUGAAAGUCUUUGAGCCGCCGCCGGAAAGCUCGCGUCAAGUUAUCUUGGCCACUAACGUGGCUGAAACGAGUCUGACGAUACCCGGGAUACGAUAUGUGUUCGACUGUGGCAGGUCGAAGGAGCGCCGUUUCGACCGACUCAGCGGCGUCCAGAGCUUCGAGAUCGGGUGGAUCAGCAAAGCCAGCGCGAACCAACGAUCUGGUCGAGCCGGGCGUACCGGACCGGGCCACUGCUAUCGGCUCUACUCCUCAGCCGUUUAUGAGAGAGACUUCCCCGAAUUCGCAGAUCCGGAACUCCUGAGGAUGCCGAUUGAGGGUGUCGUGCUUCAACUCAAGGCCAUGAACUUGCAGCAUGUAGUCAACUUCCCUUUCCCCACACCUCCGGACAGGCGGAGUCUUGCAAAGGCUGAAAAGCUCCUGGCUUAUUUAUCUGCGGUAUCGGCUGGCGGCCAGGUGACCCAGAUCGGGUCGACCAUGUCUAUCUUCCCUAUAUCGCCUCGCUUCGCGCGGAUCCUCCUUGUUGGCCAUCUGCACGACUGCCUACCUUAUACCAUAGCCCUCGUUGCCGGUCUCUCGGCCCCCGAAGUUUUCAUCCCAGAGAGCCAGGCGAUUCCCGCAAUAGCAACCCAAACAGGGGAUGACUCUAUCCGCACCAACGACGACGUCCUUGCCGAGAAUCGGCAGGCAAGCGCGAGGCGGGCGUACAACAGCGUCCACAAGAACUUCUGCUUCUUAGAUGACAAAUCCGACGCCAUCAAGCUCCUCCAGGUGGUUGGCGAGUUCGCGCACGAGCCGACAGAGGAGUGGUGCCGGAGCCACUUCGUCCGCUUCAAGAUGCUCAAGGAGAUCCAGCAGCUGCGCCACCAGCUCGUCGACCUGCUGCGGACCAACAUCCCGGGCUUCGCCAACCUCCGGGUCGAGGACCGGCUGGACCCGCCGACCCCGAAGCAGGUCCAGGCCCUGAAGCAGAUGGUGGCCGCUGGCUUCAUCGACCAGGUCGCCAUCCGGGCCGACAAGUCGCCGAACCCGCCCGAGGCGUACAGGAAGCCCCGGCGCGCCAUCGACGUGCCCUACCUGCCGCUGAUGCCGCUCGACGACGGCGGCGACGUCGCCGACCGCAUGGUCGUGUCGGAGUGCCCCGAGUACGUCGUCUACUCGCACCUCCAGCGGGCCGGCAACGUGCUGGUGGGCGAGAAGAGGCCCAAGACGCGGAUGCACGCCCUGACGGACGUGACGGGCGGGCAGCUCGCGUCGCUGGCCAGGGGCACGCCGCUCGUCAGCUACGGGAAGCCGAUCAAGGAGGUGAGGGCCGAGUCCGAGGCCGAGGGCGGCGGGGGCAGGACGAGAGAGGUCUGGGCCGUGCCGUAUCUCAGGGCGGAGGCGACGGGGGGCAUGGGGUGGCCGCUGCCGGCGCGGAAGGUUACGCAGAGGAAGGUGGCUGGGAAGGGUUGGGUGGUGGAAUGAUUGCAGGUUCGAUAAAUAGCACAUAGAUCUGAGGCUAAUGGCCAUGAAUAACUUCGUCCUGCUGAGACCCGAGUACUGUGACGGCGACUUGCAGGUGAUAUUGUGGUCAACUGCCUUACUACAUCAUCGAGGCCCCCUCUUACAGGUUGCGUCGAGGGGGACGCCGUCUUUCAGAG